AUGAAAGGACAGAGGUCUGUGGCCCUUGCACUUGGUGGACGUUAUCUGAUAAGCAAAAAGACAAUGUGUUGGAAGUUUGGAAAAUCUAUCAAGUCUACUACCUCUUCAAAAAUUAAAAAUCAUUCGCUUGUUGCUUGCUAUCACUGUAAAAAAUACAACCCUUCUACCGGAACUAAAUACCACCAAUAUUUCGGAUCAUCUCUAGAGGCAGGUGUUAAUUUAUUGAAAAGAAAAGAAAUUGAAUAUUUGACAAAAUUACAAAUUAGAAGCUAUUCAACAAAUAAUUUAUAUAGUGAUACUUUUCUUUUUGAUGCAGAAACAUUUGCUACUAAUUUAAGAAUUUAUUUUGAAGAUCCUCCUCUUGAAUUGCAUGAAGAAGAAAGUGAUGCUCCAGUUGAGCAUCACCAACUUCCCAACGAAGAGGCACACGAUAAUGAUAUUGUUUCCCUGACAAUAUCAGACAUUAUGCCAUAUCAACCACAUGAAUUUUUCACCCAGAAGCUAAGGUACUACAUUGAUCAUAGCUUGGAAAAAAUCAAGUCACAACCAGUAGGUGUAAAGAAUGCAGAUGCAUUUGCUUUUUUUAUUAAUGGAGGAAAGGGCGUUGGAAAGACUAGAAAUACGAUUGAAACUGUCGAAGAAAUGACAUUAGAAUAUGGUGAUAGGUUUUCUAAAUUAAUGUAUUUGUAUGCUCCAUUUCUGAAUAUGUGCCCUCUUGCAGAGGAAGAGGAAAUGUUUGGAAGAGAAGAGUUACUUAAUUUUCAAAAAUCAAAGAAGCUAAUUACAGCACGUAUGAUUUAUUCAUAUUUUACACAAUCUAUUGAUUCAUCUGAAGUUAGAUCGUAUAGAGACUUUCUUGAACACUGUUAUCAUUUCAUUCCAGACAAUAUCAGUCAUGUUUCAGAAAUUAUUAAGUAUGAUUUGGAUCUUGAUAAUGAUGAAAGUCUUGGUCUUUUCAUAGUAAUGGAUGAUUGUGAUGAAUUAUUACGAGUUAAAUUUGAAAAUGUAAUUACUCACACACCAUAUAGUUUAUUAUUGAGAAUGUACAAUGAAUUACCAGGGGUUUUUACAGAUAGACAAAAUACAACAUUUAUUCCAAUUAUGGUAGGAAAAGAUAUUGAAGGAAUGACUCAGGAUUGGAUACAUAAGCUUGGACCUACACGUCCAACAUAUUCUGGAAGCUCAUAUCAAAAAAAUGAAACAUUUACCGUUUGCCAAUUUCCACUUUUAAACCAAGAUCAAGUUGAAAAUAUAGUUGAUAACAUGUUUGACCGAAAAGGACAAAUUCCAAUAGAAGAUGAGGAAGGAACAGGACAGUUUAUUGAUAAGGAAAAUUGGCGAGAUUGCAAAAGUUUUUUAACAGCUCUCGCAAUGAUAGGUGGGCAUCCACUUGCUCUUGAACAUUUCUUACUCUUUAUUGCUUCAGUACAAUAUUUACACAGAGACUUUUUUAAUUUUCAAUAUGCCGUAGAGAAAACCAAAUAUGAGCUUAGAAAAACCUACGAUCUUACAGAGUUAGGUCUUAAAUGCACUGAUAAUCAAAUAGAAAAGAUUAUUAUUAGUCUUUUAUCUGAUAGACAAAUACUUGAGGUGACAGGGUACAAAAAUUAUGAGUUUACAAAUUUUUACACUUUCAUGAAUUCAGGAAUAAUAUUUCCAGUUAUCAAACCGGAAGAAGACGAAGUUAUAGAAUAUAAUAACUUUUAUAAUUUAGAAAGGGUUGUUAAUGUACCCUUUAUAUUCCUUGAUGAGUUAAUUGAGCAAAUUCCAGAGGAAAGCAAGAGUAAGGAAAUUUUUAGAAAUCUUGCUACCGCUCUCAAGAAUCUUUUAGAUUUACAAUUAUUAGAGGAACCAAUACCUAGAAAGCAAAUCAAGAUUAUCAACACCAAGUACUAUGAUGCCAUGAAAGAAGUCAAGAGAAGAGUUAGGAAACCACCAGAAACAGAUAUUAUUCCAGUUUUUUGGAGAAAUGUACCUGCAGAAACACCAGAAUUCUAUUCCAGUUAUGUUAGACAUCUUUUGUCUUGCUAUUUCCAUAACUGGAAGGUUGUAUUAGACAAAAAUUUAAAGUAA